GCCCUCCCCACACAGGCGGUGGAGAGGCUGCUCUGCUGCAAUGUCACCAGCGUCACUGCCACUGCAGCCUGCUGGCAUCUGCCGCUGCUGCAGGCUCCGGGGCCACCAGGCACUGUGUGAAGCAGAGACGCGGCCGGCCACAUGGGCAGCACCAUGGAGCCCCCCGGGGGUGGGUACCUGCACCUGGGCGCUGUGACAUCGCCAGUGGGCACAGCCCGUGUGCUGCAGCUGGCCUUUGGCUGCACCACCUUCAGCCUGGUGGCCCACCGAGGCGGCUUCGAUGGCGUCCAGGGCACCUUCUGCAUGGCCGCCUGGGGCUUCUGCUUCGCGCUCUCGGUCCUGGUGGUGGCUUGUGAGUUCACCCGGCUGCACAGCUGCCUGCGCCUGUCCUGGGGAAACUUCACAGCAGCCUUUGCCAUGCUGGCCACGCUGCUGUCCGCCACAGCUGCGGUCAUCUACCCACUGUACUUCACCCAGCUGGAGUGCCCACCCGAGCCCGCGGGCUGCACAGCCAGGGACUUCCGCCUAGCAGCCAGCAUCUUCGCCGGGCUCCUCUUCCUGGCCUAUGCCACGGAGGUGGCCCUGACCCGGGCCCGGCCAGGCCAGGUGGCCAGCUACAUGGCCACAGUGUCGGGACUCCUCAAGAUCGUCCAGGCCUUUGUGGCCUGCAUCAUAUUUGGGGCGCUGGUCCAUGACAGCCGCUACGGGCGCUACGUGGCCACCCAGUGGUGUGUGGCCGUCUACAGCCUGUGCUUCCUGGCCACAGUGGCCGUGGUGGCCCUGAGCGUGAUGGGCCACACGGGGGGCCUGGGCUGCCCCUUCGACCGUGUAGUGGUGGUGUACACCUUCCUGGCUGUGCUCCUCUACCUCAGCGCUGCAGUGAUCUGGCCCGUCUUCUGCUUCGACCCCAAGUACGGUGAGCCUGGGCGCCCCCCCGACUGCCUGAGGGGCAGCUGCCCCUGGGACAGCCAGCUGGUGGUGGCCACCUUCACCUAUGUCAACCUGCUCCUCUACGUCGCCGACCUGGCCUACUCCCAGAGGAUCCGCUUCGUGCCUACCUUGUAGCCCGACAGGCAGCGGCCCACCCACCUCUGCUCUCCACGGGCUCAGGCACCAUGAGGGGACCCAGGUGAACCCAGACCUCCAGGGACAAGCCAGAGGGAGGCAGCCAGUAGAGCCAUGGCUGGGCUUCUGGCCGUGCUCAGCAGCUCAGCUCAGGGAGGGGCGGAGGGGGGACAGAACAGGUCUCAGAGCCCUGAACAGGUCACGGGGAAGGAGUCUCUGCCAGGCAACUCCCAGCCCCUCUCUCUCCCUCUCUGUCUAUCUCUCUGUCUUUGUCUCUGUCUGUCUCUCUCCAUCUCUCUUCAUUUGCUGGCACACCCUGCCUCAGUGCUGGCCACUGUAACACAUGAGAAGACUUUGAAGCAGGCGCUGUUGUGACCCACUUUGCAGAUGGGGACCCUGAGGCUAGGGUUAAGAAGUUGGCUCCAAGCGUCCAUAAAUGUCUGGAGACCACAUUUGGGCUGAGUAAACUAAGUAGUGUGGAAAAGGAGCGUGGUGAGCCUGCACUUCCUCUAGCCUUGAAGGGGCAGUUCCUGGAACCCUGGAAGGACAGCUAUCCAAGCAAGGCCCUGCUGGGGCAUCUGUGCCAACUCGAGGAGGAGCUGGGAAUCAGGACCCCGCCUUGCCGCCUCUGAGUGGCCACAGCUUUGGAAGCUGAGCAAGGACUCUGGUGUGGUCACACAGGGCAGCCUCAGCAAGCUGGAGACAGUGCAGGCUUGGAGGGACCCAUGGGGCCGGCAACACUGACAAGAGCAGAGCAUGCUAAGGAGAAGCUGGGUUCCCACCCAGGCAGGGAGCCACCACUGGGCCCCCGCUGUCUGCCUCGACGCGGCAGCUUCUGCAGUGCCUGCCAUGGGCCCCGGGGGGCUGGCCUAGGGCAGCCCUGACCCAGGGGAGGACCAGUCUGGGGCAGCCACUGGGCACCAGGCAUCACCCUGGUGCUCACAGGCCCACCACCUCUGUUCAAGUGUUCAUUUGCCUGGCUGCCAACCACGAGGGCCUGCUGGGGCCAUUGCCCUCCACACUCCAGGCAGCUUCUCCCACUCAAGAACCCAGACUGGGCCAGCCCAGAGCAGCCCACUAGCUGCUGAAGCACAACAGCCGCUCAGCCCAUAGGCUGGCCCCUGGCCUUGAGCAGAAAAUAAACACCAACGCUGAUUUGCA